UGAGCUUCAUUUUUCCAUAUUUUGUCUCUAAGGAGCCAGACUCGUAUUUUUUCAAGUGGUCUCAAGCAACAGUUCUGCAGGCUUUCUGAAAGGCUUUCACUCACUUUCAGCCCAGUGCUUCUACCUGACAUUUUUAGAGGAUUUUUUUUUGUUUGUUAAGCCACUUAACUCUGACCUGUGAAUGAUUCAAGCAUAAAAACAGCACCUUACAACCUGAGGGAUGAACCUAUUUGUGUCUACACACAACUUGGCAAAGAACCAGUUUUAAAUUGUAUCUAGGCUUCAGUCUAUGAAAAAUGGCAAAGAUAACACUGACAGAAAUAAAAUUCUUUUUUUUAUACCAACAAAGUGGUUCCACAGGAGAUGAACACCAUCUGAAAGUCAUAUCCUUAAGAAAGGGGGGGAAAAGACCUAGGAGGUGCAUCGGGCCCUUCAGCUUCAGUGAACAGCAGGUAGAUCAUCAGAAAUGGUCUCAGAGGGACGGUGGCUGUUAAAAGGCCAUUCCUAAGUAAAGGAAACAAGGAGAAAAGGCUGGGGAAUGUCAAGUUACACAAGAACAGGACAGAAAAUCAGUGGCAACAGGUCUUAUGAACUUUGAAAAUUUAGCUUCAAAUUGCCAUCUAUAAAUGCAGGAGAGUGAUCGCUGGAGGCUCUGUCACGGUUGGGGCCAUUUUAGCAAGUGGCUGAGAUAUAUUGUCAAAAUUGAUGGCAUUAUGAAAACAAAGUUCUUUCAGAGUUUGGACCACCAUGCAAAUACCAUCUGGAAAUCAUCUGGUUGGCAACAGCUUCAUUUUUUAUCAUGACAAUGAUCCCAAAUGCGCUGCCAGUGCAGUAAAAGCAUACCUGGAUAGAAAAAUGCAGAGUAGAACACGUUUAGCCAUGGAUUGGCAUGCAGUAAUUUCCCUAACGUAUAAAAGUGGGAACUGAGAAUUAAUGUGGGGGUGGGGGUGGGGGUAUUGGUUUCCUUUGAGCAAAGACGUGCUGGCAUUUCGUAGUUUAGGUGAUUUCAAUAAUAAUAAAAAAAAUAAAGCUUUCACCAACUGUGAGCGUAAAGGCCAAAUAAAAGUUUGAGAACAUUUACCCACUCAUCACAGUGACAGCACUGUGUCUCAGUGAGACUUCACAGGCAGGUCUUGUGAUCAAAACAGUGCGAGGUAUGAAAGGUUAAUGUGUGCUCAUAAAGCCUUGUUUAAUCUUUAAGUUUCCCAGUAAACAAUGCAUUUCCCUUUAAAAAUAGAAGCUUUAUCUGUGGGCGUGAGCUACAGUAGUUCCAGAAACCUUAAAAACUGCUAUAUGACUGUCACAGGACAGAAGUGCUGUGAUGUGAAGUCAAGCUCUCAGCUGCUCCUCAGUGGGCGGGUCUUACCUGCACUAUAAAAAGCCAUGCAAGUUUCAGUGCGAAGUGGAAGUGCGAAAUAUAUGACAGGAAACUGUUGGAUCUCUUCCCUAUCUGAAGAUGUCGAGGCUCACUCUGUGGUUGUCAGUCGGGGUGUUUGUGUGGGGAUUUGCUUCUUGCUCUAUCACGUGUCCUGAUGGGAGUACUUGCUCAGACAUCUCUACCUGCUGCAAGACUGAGUAUGGAUAUGGCUGCUGUCAGUAUCCAAAAGCAGUGUGCUGCGCAGACAUGGCCCACUGCUGUCCGUCAGGGUAUCGCUGUAACCUGGUGACACAGCUGUGUGAGAAACUGGACCAGCCGUGGCUGAGCAUUCCCAUGGUGAAGAAGGACGCUGCACAGAAACUCACAUACCCUUUCCUCUAUAAGCCAGCGCUGCCUUCAGUACCUGCCUUUGUCAUCCCUAUGUCAGAGGACAAAGAGAGCAUGAACGAGAUACCAGAACCAGCUCUAACACACGUCGGCUCCCCUGAGGCUCAAGUCAUUCGUUGUGAUUCCCUACAUUACUGCCAGGGGGGGAUGUCUUGCUGCCAGGCAUCCUCAGGCCAGUGGAACUGCUGUCCCUACCCACUGGGCCAGUGUUGUGCAGAUGGUGUGCACUGCUGUGAGUAUGGAUACACCUGCGAGGCCUCCUCCUUGAAAUGCAGAAAUUCUUACUCUUGAGAUUUCUCGGGGCUGCACAAAUAAUGUUGAAUAUAUAUAUAUAUUUUUUCUUUUUUUAAUUUUUAAAAAUUUUUAAACUAUUUUACUUCAAGAUUUGUCAAGAUUUUGCUGAAAAUUGUUAGACACACUGCCUCAUCUGAGAUAGAAGCCGAUCAGCUUCACAAGAAGACAGCAAGUGGGUAAUUGAUGUUAUAUCCACGUAAGAUUACUUUAAGUAUCUGUUGGCUGUUUUGUGUUUAAAUUGAUACUUCUGCGUCACUGGACAGUCACCAUUUAACUUCUGUUUUUUUUUCUUCUCACCAUUUAACUUCACAAAUUAGCUUCACAAGAUUUCCUGCAACCAUUUAUUUCCACUGCGGUCAUGUUGAAAAUGUCUAAUGUCUGGAUUCUUUUCAUAAACUGAAAAAUCAAAGGCUUUUCUGCUGUUUUCAAGUCAAAUUUUUGUAUUGAAAGUUUAAAACAUGAGAACAUUUCCAAAUAAAAAUGAUAGAAAUGUGAGUUUUCAUGCUGCAAAAUGUUGGUGUGUUGGUGUGACCGGUUGCAAGGUCACACUGCCACAUAAAGAAGUGGACGACUGGAAGGUGAAAGCUUUUUUAAAAAAAAGUAUUUAUUUUUGUGUGUUUUAUUCUUUCUUUUACUUUGUUUGUCUCCUAUCUGACCAACUGGAUAUAGCAGCAGACAUGCUGAGUUUGCUGCAAAUCAGGCACCACAGCCGGGUUUCUGCAGGUGGCAGCAGAUUUAGAAUUAUGGAGAAAUCAAGAAGAAGCUGAUGGUGCAACACCGUUAGAUGAGGAAAGACAGUAACACAAUAAUGUUGGAGGAGGAAUGGUAAAGUUAUGGUAAAAAAAAAAAAAAGGGAAGUGAAACAAAGACAGGCUCCAUUUUACAGCCAACACUCAAACACAUGUCAAAAGGAAGAAGUGUGGCAAUAACCAGUAAAGACUGGGUCUAUAUGGAGAGAAAGGUCUUACAAAGUGUAAACUAAGAUUUCCAGUGUGCAGUGAUUUGUGUGCAUUUUUUUUGUGUGAGAGAGUCAUAGAUUUUUAUUAUGAGCUUGGAUCAAAAUAUAAAGACAUUAAAACAGUGCUUGGCUGUAGACACAGUUUUAAUAUAAGUUAAACUUAGUUAAGUUAAAUGAAGUAGGGUUGGUUUGCUCUUAAAAUAAUGACAUUUGUGUAUAUAUUGCUUACACAAGAUU